AGUGGAAUGCCGUAACGUUCAGAUGAGUAGUUGGUGUGACUGCAGUCGAAAGUGUUACGUUCUGCGUAAGGAAGAUGGCGAUUCUCGGGCUGCAGUUUGACGGAGCCGGCCGCGUCCACCUGAAGAACAGACUUUAAGUGACGAAAGUGUAUAUGUCUUGGAGAACAGAGCAAAAAAGUAGGAUCGAAUCGAGAACGUGAAGCUGCGUGUUUGUGUGCGUUGCCGUUGCGAGAGUGAGCGGAGUGUGUCCGCAGUCUCUGCCUCUCUACCCCUGCCCUUCUGGGCUUCAAGGUGCCGCUCAGGACCCUCAGGGGUGCAGGGAUGUUUUCUGUUUUGUCCUAUGGAAGACUGGUGGCCAGAGCAGUAUUAGGAGGACUCUCCCAGACGGAUUCUCGGGAUUAUAGCCUGGUUACAGCCAGUUGCGGCUUUGGGAAGGACGUCAGGAAAGGGAUAUUAAAGAAGGGAAUGUGUUAUGGAGAUGAUGCGUGUUUCAUUGCCCGGCACAGGAGCGCUGAUGUUUUGGGGGUGGCAGAUGGAGUUGGUGGUUGGAGAGAUUAUGGUGUUGAUCCUUCCCAAUUCUCAGGAACCCUGAUGCGAACAUGUGAGCGUCUGGUAAGGGAAGGACGUUUUGUACCAACCAACCCUGUAGGGAUUCUUACUGCAAGCUAUUAUGAAUUACUACAGAACAAAGUACCACUGUUGGGGAGUAGUACUGCUUGUUUAGUUGUUUUGGACCGUAGUAAUCAUCAGUUACACACAGCAAACUUGGGAGACUCUGGCUUCUUGGUGGUUCGAGGUGGCGAAGUGGUUCACCGGUCAGAUGAGCAACAGCACUAUUUUAACACCCCUUUCCAACUGUCAAUAGCACCACCUGAAGCAGAAGGCGUUGUCCUGAAUGACAGCCCUGAUGCUGCUGACAGUACCUCCAUUGAUGUUCAACUAGGAGACAUCAUCUUGACAGCAACUGAUGGCUUAUUUGAUAACAUGCCUGACUACAUGAUCUUACAGGAGUUAAAGAAACUGAAGAAGACCAAUUAUGAGAGCAUUCAACAAACAGCAAGGAGCAUUGCAGAACAGGCUCAUGAAUUGGCAUAUGAUCCAAACUAUAUGUCACCAUUUGCACAAUUUGCUUGUGAUAAUGGAUUGAACGUACGAGGAGGUAAACCAGAUGACAUCACUGUUCUACUGUCAAUAGUAGCUGAAUAUACAGACUAAUUACUUCAAAGCAUAGACACUUUAUCGUAUUCCACUGCUUCCUGCUGGCAGGACCUUGUUUCCCCGACUACAAAUUUUUAAAGACUAGUCAUUCCCACAGCACAAUUUCACUUCACUUCCUGUGGAUUUUUAAUACUCAAACACUGUUUUGUCUGAUAACUGCCAGCAAGUUUCUUCUAAUCAUCAUAAAUGUCCUUUUAUCAAGGGGGAAAAAUAUGAAAACCCCUCCGAGUACAUUUUCAACAGUUUUGGUAAUUCUGAAGGAAUGUUGAUAUCUUCUGUAGAUAUGGUGGUGGAUAAUUUUUUGCCUGUGAAAUUAGAUGUUAUAUCCAGAGAUGGGCACAGGUAUGACUGGUCUUCAAAGAAAUGUAAAAAUAUUGAAAAUUAUUGAUAUAUUUACAAUCACAUAAUAAAAUGCACGGACCCUAGAAACCUUUUGGAUGUGAUUUUAAUUUCUUGCCCAAUAGCUGAAGGGCACUGAAAACUCUUUUUGGAUGAACUAGCACAGCUAGUUGUAUAGAGACUAUCAAAUAUUUUAACAUGCGUUCCAUGAGUGAUUAAAGCCAUGUUUAAUUUUAUACAUGAUAAUCAGGUAACUUUUGAAAAAGAUGUAUUCAACGUAACUUGUUUUAAAAAUGUUCCUGUAGUCAUUUUUCAUUGUAGCUGUGUUAUGUAUACUAUGACUUAAUUUAAAUCAUUUACAUGUACUGUGUACAUGUUAUUUCACUAUUUAAACAGACAUGCUUGUACCAGGCAUUUCAUUUUAUAUUUUGAGUUAUAUAUAAGCCAGAACAAUUUUUAUUCUAUUAUUGGUUUUGCAUAAAUUGUUGGCACUUGUUUGGAGGUUGGAUCUGAAUUUUGUCUGAAUGCUUUGGAACAGAAUUGCUUUUUUUCUUCAAUCCAGUAUUCUGAUGAACAGACAGUACAAACAUUUGAGCACUAAUGGCAUAAUAGACACUUUGUUUUUGUUAAAAGUUGUAAAUUUCACACAACCAUGACUUGUCUUUGUAUUAUAUAUGGUGACCCAAAUUGUUUCACAAAUUCUCAAAAUAAAACAUGUUCUGGCACCAUGCCACAGAUGUUAAGUUAUACAACUGAACACAGAGUCAAAUUACGUUUUUCAAGGUGUCUUAAAAAGGUGCCAUUCAAGUCUAGGGUGGCUACUUAAAUGGAAAGACAUUGACAAAAAUUUAGUAGAAAAUCAAUUCCAAACUGAAGUACAGAAAUGCAUUUAUCUCACUUGAAGAUUAAUUAUAUUGACAAAUUGUUCUAUAAAAUGAACUUCUCCCUUGCAUUUUUUGUCACUAUCUUAAUUGUCAAAUUAAAGCUGUAAAACAAUUCAGUAGUCUUCCUUAUAUUUCUAAUUUGAGUUGUUUGCAACCAUACAAGAGUUUACACUAUCCACCGAAUUUUGUUCUGAGCUUUCCUACCAGUUGUAUGUAUUAAGCUUCAGACAGAUUAACCCAACCUGAUGCAUAAAUAAGACAUAGCUUACUUAAGAUUUCUAUCAAUCAAUAUUAUUUAGGUGAGAUGUACUUUAUUGAUUGUGCACAGUCAAUUUCCUAUCAAGGAAAUGAAGUGGCUUUGACAACAUGAGGCCUUAAAUGACCAAAACGUGGGAUGGGGAGGAGGGACUUGGAGAAUUCACCAGAUGUUUGGUCCUCUUAGACCUUUUAAUUGCUAUUUUGUUUUUAUGGGUAAUUUUAUAUGAAUAGAUCUAAGUGCAAACGUCAUUUUGUAAGUGCAAAGUUCAAAUUAACUGUUUGCCACACUUGAAUGCUGAAUUUGCAAAAUAAAACAAGCAUGCUUGUAUUAUUCACUGCGGGAAAAAUACCCUUUCUCUUGGUCCUGUGUAUACCAAAGACCAGAAGACAUUUCUGUCUAUCCCCACAAGACUUGUACUGUUUAAGCAAUACUGUACUGAAACAUUUUUAAAAUUUGCUUUGGGCUAGUGUUUUAACAUUAGACUUCUACAAUGCACUAUUAUAAUUGUAGGAGACAGCUCUACAGGAGCUGAGUCUUCACUUUUAAAGAAAAGUAAUAUUCCUGGUGCACAAGUAAAUUAAUUAGAUGCUUUUGGGUUGCAGUCUUGACAAUAUUCUUUAAAGGCAAGUUCUUUUAGUGUAAUUACUGCAAUAACCAGGAAAGUUGUGAAAAUUUACAUCUUCCUCAAGUUGGUUUGCUUUUGAAAGAAGCAUUGAAGAGUCAUUGUGUCUGUGUAUGUAGAUGUGAUAACUUGACAAGAAAAGGAUACAAACCCCCUCAAUCAAAUGGAAUGUUUGAUCACCUAUGGAACUUUAGCUAGCAUAUACUGAAGUUACAAUAAAGCAUAAGUGCAGGAAUAAUUAUGUAAAUACGUUGAAAAGCUGUGCAAAUGAUAUAUUUAAUAAAAGUAUAGUAUUUAUAACUAAGUCUGUCCAUUUCUUUCAAUCUA